UUGUCUCGCGAGUAUUCUUUUUUUUUUCUUCUUUUUUAACUCGCGAUGAUGAAGAGCGCGAAUAAAAUCAUUGCUUUGCUCUGUUUGCUAUAUAUGGAAGAACUGAGGCUGAGCAGAGCACGUUUCUUAUGGGAGAGCCCUUUGCCCCCUCCACUAUCACGGUACCCAGUAGACAGUACAGGCGACGAGUUCUCUCUCUCUAAUUCUGAAAGUGAUUUCUAAUUAGGAAUCUGCUAUCGGAAGAGUAUUCCAUAUAUCAUCAGAUUUGUAAUGUCUCGAAUUCCAGAUGAAGAACUAGAAUUUAAGUAUUAUAAACAACUAAAGGAUGGUUCUUAUAAGGUUAAGGCUUCUGAUUCAACAUAUAGAUGCCCAUUUUGUCUUGAAAGAAGGAAAAUAUACUACAAACCGCGGGAGCUAAGAUGUCAUGCAUAUGAUGUUAGUAGAGGCUCACAUAGAAGGGAUUUUAAACAGAAAGCUAAGCACUUGGCUCUAGAGCGGUAUGUGAAAAGGUAUCAUGAGGAUCGAGUAGAACCAACUCCCAAGUUAAAUUCUCGUAGCAGUAAGCUGGAAUAUCGUAUACACGAUCGAUCAGAGCCAAGUAGCAAGUUAGAAUGUCGUACACAUGACCGAUCAGAGCCAAGUAGCAAGUUAGAAUGUCGUACACAUGACCGAUCAGAGCCAAGUAGCAAAUUAGAAUGUCGUCAACAUCACCGACCAAAACUCAUUCCGAACUUGGAAUGGCGUAAGCAUGAUGACGGUGAACUACUUGUUUGGCCUCCUACGGGAAUUUUGGCAAACAUUCAAACUGAGUUGAAAAAUGGGAAAUAUGUUGGGGAAAGUGGUUCCAAGCUUAGAGAUGAGUUAAUUGGAAAAGGGUUUAACCCAGUGAAGGUUAUUCCUUUGUGGAAUUUUUCUGGUCACUCAGGAUUUGCAAUAGUUGAAUUUAGCAACCAAUGGACUGGUUUUGAGAAUGCAAUUGCAUUUGAGAAGAGCUUUGAAGCUGAUAAUUGUGGGAAAAUGGCUUUCAGGCUUGAAAAGAAUCGAGGGGACAGAAUGUUUGGAUGGGUUGCUCGAGAAGAUGACUACAAAUCAUCAACCAUUUUUGGAGGUCAUCUUCGUAAGAAUGGGGAUUUGAAAAGUGUUUCUGGAAAGGAAGCUGAAGAGAAAAGGAAAGAUACAAAGCUUUUAAAUAAACUGGCGGAGACCCUAGAAAACAAGACUUUGACGCUCGAAGAGUGGAAAACCAAGUAUAAAGAGGCCAGUGUAAGGUAUAAGAAGAUGGAGGAGCAAAAGGAAAAUAUGGUUGAAGGCUUCAACGAAAAGUUAAGAAUAAUGCAACAAGAGAACCAUGAAUACUAUGAAGGGCUUUUAUCGAGGCAUAAAAGAGCUAGUCAAAAAUUGAAAAUACAGAUGGAGGAGCUUGAGUCCCGGGAGAAGCAACUGCAACAACGAGAGUUCCAGGAUGAUAGUGAGAGAAGGAAAAUCCUUGAUGAAAAGAAAAUGAUUAAGAAGGCUACUUUGGAGCAAAAUAAGGCUGAAGAAAAGAUGUUCUGUUUGGCAAAAGAACAACAGAAAGAAAAGGAGAAACUUCGGAAAAAAAUCAUUGCACUGGAAAAACAACUUGAUUCGAAACAAGCUUUAGAGUUGACUAUAGAGCGUAUGAGAGGAGCUUUAGAAGUAAUGAAACAUAUGGGUGGAGAGGAAGAUAUGGAGGUCGAAAAGAACAUGAAAGAGAUUCAAGAACAACUAAACGAAAAGGAAGAAGAAUAUGAAGGUCUAGAGGCCCUUAACCAAGCACUUGUUAUCAAGGAACGUAGAAGUAAUGAUGAGUUACAGGAGGCUCGUAAGGAGAUGAUAAAGGGACUGAGAGAUUCUUCAAGCCGUGCUUUCAUUGGUGUUAAGAGAUUAGGAGAGCUUGACAUCAAACCAAUCCUCACUGCAGUAAAAAGGAAAUCUUCUGAUGAAGAAGCGGAAGUGAGAGCAACAGAGAUAUGUUCACUCUGGGAUUCCCAUAUCAGGGAUCCUAGUUGGUAUCCUUUUAAGAUUUCGAACAAGGGAGGAAAACCUGAGGAAAUAAUUGACGAAGAGGAUGAAAAAUUGAACAGCUUAAAGGAUUGUGGUGAGGAAGCUUACGAUGCUGUGGUUAAGGCCUUGAAGGAAGUGAAUGAGUAUAAUCCAAGUGGUAGGUACCCAAUACAAGAACUUUGGAACUUUAAACAAGAGAGGAAGGCACCUUUAAAGGAGGGAGUAGAAUUUAUACUGAAGCAUUGGAAAUUGAACAAACGGAAAAAAACUUGAAGCCAGUGAUUUCAUUUGGGCACUAAAUUGACAAUUUAGUUAUAUGUUACUGGAUUGUACAAAUGGAUUUUCUUGCCCCUUUUAGAUGACGGAUUGGUUGGACUUUUUAGCCCAAGAACCGAGCUACUAUACUAGAUCGGGCUAAACCAUUGUUCAUUUGGGCUUUUUGCUUCUGUUUGGCAAUGAUUUUAGAUGGGUAGUUUUGUUGAACACCAAUGACCUACACUCCCUAGACUUUGAAGUUUUCAGAUCUCACGAGGCAUCUACAAGAUGUAUUUUUUUUUUAAUCUUUACAGAAGGUCAUAGGCAUCUCAAUUUUUGUCAUCCUUCUAUAGACAUACAUAUCACUUAAAUCCUAACCAAUUUGACAUU